CUUGUUGAUGGGUGUUGGCAAAGCAUUAGCACUUGGCAGCAACACCCACAUUGGUAACCCAUUUUGCUAGGGGUAGUUAUGAAACUGUACGGUUAUUUGUUAAAGCGUGAGAUUUACCAAAUCAUUUACGUCCAGGAUGUGUAAGUUUUCUCAGUAUGAAGAUUUUCUGGCAGCCGUUACGAAGGCGUUCGAUCCGAAGGUGCUAUUUCUCACCGUCAUACCGGUCGUAGCUGGUCUCAGCACGACGCUCUAUUCGAAAUUGCUGCUCAGUGUAUUGCUGACGGAGUACGCCAACACGAUCGUCAAGUGGAUACUCGCCGAAGAUCGUCCCUUCUGGUGGCUGAACGAGACGAAGGAGUUCUCCUCCCUGAACCGUCCUAAGAUUUAUCAGAAUGAGCUUACUUGCGAACCAAGCCCGGGUAAUCCGUCCGGUCAUUUGAUGACCUCCACGACCUACCUAUUUGUGAUAUUCUCAGUUCUAGAGGAAUAUUUAGCGAAGUACGGAAGGUUCGCCAGAGUGUCGCUGCGCUUCGUCUACUACAGCACGCUGUUUUUCAUAUCGAUUUCCCGCAUGUACUUCGGAUGCCAUUUCCUUCAUCAGUGCAUCUUCGGAAUCCUGCUGGGAAUCCUUAUGAGCAAGGUGUGUCUGUCCCAUCGGCUUGAAAAAUACAUUGCGAAGCAGUCGGGCAAGCGGAGAGUGGGAUUUGUAGUGGUGAUAUGCCUGGCGAUGCUUUCCCUAUACUGGGCCCAAAAGCUGUUGGGGAUCGAUCCGCAGUGGGCGGUGAAGAUGGCUUUCAAGUGGUGCGAGGAUCCGUUCUACUUGAAGCCAACCACUACACUAGUGUUUAGCGCAAUUCGCCUUACUGGGUCACUACUGGCACUGGCGGUGGUAGGACCUAUUCAAAAAGCUAAACCGCUCAACGUAAAACUAAGUAUUCCUAUGGUAAUGGCAAUGAUGGCGUUCGAAUGGAUAGCAUUGGACUUUACGCCGCGCAACUUCGGUGUGGUUGUGUACUUUUUAUACAGCUUCCUGCUUUACUUCCUAUUCACGUAUGCCUAUCUGCGCUGGGUACCGGCACUAGCGGCCGGCCAAGAUAUCCGUGCGUCGCGCAGCGAGAGAACCAAAUCUAAAUCGAACUAACAGCACCAGCAUAAACAGCCACUGAUAAGUAAGCUAUUAAGCGUCGUUUUCCUAAACAGCAUCGAAAGGCCUGAAACACUGCCAGGGAAAACGCUUUUCCCGGCGGCAUGCACUAUGCAUUUUUUCAUUCCAUCACAUAUCAAUUAACAACCGUAGCAAAGUAGAGGAUAAAAAGCGCUCAAACAGAUUACCGACAAAGGUAGCACCACCAGCAAUCAACAACUACUACAACAAUUACUAGUGAAUCUACAAUUGCCUCGCACAACUACAUUCACCUACAACAUAAAACGCCUGCUCGUGUUGAUCUCUAAAUUCUAAAACAACUGUUUAUUAUGGUAUUUUUUCCAUAAAAUAUUCAAAAAUGCUGCUUGUUAAAAUC